AUGUCCCUGACGCUCAUGUUUGACGCUGUAAACUGGCGCGCAAUUGCGCUGGCGUUGUGUGCCGCGCUAACUUUCUCAGGAACGGUUCUGGCCUGGGGCACCACCGGUCAUCGCGUCACCGGCGUCGUCGCCGAUCAACACUUAAGUGGCUACGCCCGAGCCCGAAUUUCCAUGAUUCUGGACGGCGAGACCUUGGCGCAGGCAUCCACCUGGGCCGACUUUAUGCGCUCCAACCCCAGCGAGUUCUGGCAGAAAACCGCGUCACCCUGGCACUAUGUCACGGUGCCUGUGGGCAGCGACUAUGCAGAUCUUGAACCCCCGCCUCAGGGCGAUUCGGUGACCGCCAUCAAACGCUUUACCGCCACGCUCAAAGAUCCCGAGGCGAGCCUUAAGGACCAGCAGCUGGCGCUACGUUUUAUCGUCCACGUGAUAGGCGAUUUGCAUCAGCCGCUGCACGCGGGCAACGGCACCGAUCGUGGCGGUAACGAUUUUGUUGUGACCUAUGCCGGGCGGCGCUCAAACUUGCACUGGGUAUGGGACAACGGACUGAUUGACAAGCAGAAGCUGUCCUAUACUGAAUGGGCGAACUGGCUGACCGGUGAUCUGACGCCUGCCCAGGUGGUUGAGUGGUGGAGCACCGAUCCUAUCACCUGGAUUGACGAAUCCGCGGCGCUACGAGAUGGCAUUUAUCCUGAGGAGCCGGACCUGGGCUUUAACUACGAUUACGAGCAUAUCGAUACCGUCCGAACCCAGCUGAGCAAAGCCGGAAUCAGACUGGCCGCGUACUUAAAUGAGGUGUAUGCGCCCUAG